AUGUUCCAAUACUGCACAAAGCAGAGUAUUGCAGAAAUUAAAAAAUUAGAUGAGGAGGAUAAAAAAGAUUUGGAAAUUUUCGAUCUACCGAUACCAAUUGCGAUUUUCGUUGUCAUAGCUUGGAUAUUCAUUUGCUCAGCAACUUUUUGCAUAUGGGAGCAGGACUGGGAUUAUUUCGUUGCUUUUUAUUUUUUCUUCAUAUCGUUAAGCACGAUCGGCCUUGGAGAUAUAACUCCCACUCAACCAAAAUAUUUAUUGAUGCUCUUCAUUUACAUUAUCAUUGGCCUGUCUCUGGUUUCAAUGUGCAUCAAUCUUAUUCAGAUGGAUCCUGCCUUUGACAAGAGUAAAUCUGCCAUUAAAGAAUUCUUCUUCCCAAAGGAACUUUACGAGAAAUAUCAUAAUACAUUUUCUUGCUUAUAUGCAGAUGGAAAGGCUAAAUUAGAAAGCACAUAUGAGGCCGGCCGUAAUCAGUUGGAAAACAUUUGUCUUCUAUCGAGAGAACAAUUCGAAUUGCUUCGAAUAAAGGCGCAAAAAAGGGGAAGUUCAUCAUUAGGUGUGAUAAAAAGCGGUGGAAGUUUCGCAUCAUUCUCAAGAGAAGCGAUUCAAGCAACCCUGCUUGCCAAAAAGCGCAUAAGUAAAUGUUCGCAAACACUCCUUUCAUUUCCAAAUUCUUCGAAAAGAAUUCACUUAUCUCAAAGUAAUUCAAAUCUCAAACUACGAUUUUUGCCUCGAACACUUUCUGUUGAUGAUGUAAUGAAACUCAUUGAUACUGAAGAAGGGGACAUUCUUGUUUUAACAGAUCUACCUCGUGAUGAUAGUGCGGUUUCCAAUGGUUCAAAUACGAGUGAAUUAAUUAGUAGCCGAGUAAGUUUCUACUAUUCAUGA